CGUGGCCAUAAAGGCACUUCCUUCACGAUCAUGGCUUCGUUCAAGCUUGGGCAGUUGGUGCGCCAAUUCAGCACGUCCUCUGUUUCCAGAGCCCUGGUGAAUCCACCAAUCCAGGUGUAUGGUAUAGAAGGGAGAUAUGCCACUGCAUUGUUCUCUGCUGCUGCCAAAGAGAAAAAACUGGAUGCUGUGGAGAACGAAAUCAAAUCCUUUCAGAAUUUAUUGAGGAAGGAUGUGCAUUUAACACAAUACAUUCUUAAUCCUUCUCUGCAGAGGCAAGAAAAGAAAGCUGUCCUGGGUGACGUACUUACUAAACAGAAGAUGUCCAGUCUUCUUAUCAACUUGUGUGUUACUAUGGCUGAAAAUGGCAGGUUGAACAAACUACAGGGUGUCCUGGGUGCUUACCAGAAAAUGAUGAGUGCUCAUCGCGGAGAGGUCACCUGCACUGUAACAACUGCCAAGCCCUUGGACAGCGGAAAUCUAAAAGACCUACAGUCAGCUCUACAAGGAUUUCUUAAGAAGGGAGAAUCUUUACAACUUGAGUGUCAGGUUGAUCCCAGUCUGAUUGGAGGCAUGGUGGUGAACAUCGGUGACAAAUAUGUGGAUAUGUCCAUGGCUACCAAGAUAAAGAACUACACAAACCUCAUCAAGGAGGCAGUGUGAUGACAAGGCCAUUAGUCUCCAGCAUCUCAACAUUUACACUGUUACUGUGUUUUAUUGGACAAAAGUCUUUAUACCUGACAUAAGAUUUCAUUUCUAAAGGGUUCACGAUGAACAUAGAGUUUGUAGGCAGAGUGCUAUUAUAUUUGACAGACCCAGGAUUACUGUGAUUGACCAACUUGUGUGCAUUAUUCACAAUAAAAUAGCCAGGAAGUGAAAACAAACUUUAGUUGCUUGUUU